UUGUUGACGCCAUAGGUUUCUGUAUUUGAUGACACUCGGAUGUAGGUCGUUAGUUGAAUCUCUUUGGCCUUGUAAGGCCGUGGAGAGAGUUUUUAAUUAAUUUUUAUAUUAUACAUUAUUCUAAAUACUUUUUCUUAAAUGUUUUGUUAUAUUUAUUUGUUUUUAAUGAAAGAAGAAAUCUGUAAACGCACAGCUGUGAUAGCUCCUUUCUGCCUUUUUUCCGUGGUCAAAAGUAGGCUAAAGUUGGAUUCAUUGACAGGUUGUGAAUAAAGACAUGUAUGUGAAUUGGAACAGGAUUUCUAACUUCAAAUUUGGGCGACCUAAAUUAUACAAUGAAAAAACAACAAUGCCUUUUGAUGGUGUGUAUGGUAAUUCACGUCUCAUGCAUGCUGCAGCUUCUCUGGUGGGCUGUGUUGUUCAAGUUCAAGUACGAGAUGAAUCGGUUUAUGAAGGUAUACUCAGGACCUUCUCUCAUCAGUUUGAACUUGUUCUUGAAAUGGCUCAUAAAGUUCGAGGGUCCUCUAUUACUCCUCAAGGUGUUGGUCCCUCUCUCAGCAACUUGUUAACUUCAUUCCCCUUUGAGGGAGGUGUUAGUGAAAAACUAAUCUUUUGCUUGCAAGACAUUGUGGUGCUCACUGCUAGCAAUGUAGAUGUAGAUUUUGCUGUCAGAGAUACAUUCACGGACACAGCUAUCAGCCGCUUCAAUGGCCAAGUGCUGGAGAAGGAACUGGAACCUUGGGAAGGACUUACAAGUGACACAGAGGAUACUGCAUUAGGGGGGGAUGAAGAUGAUGGUUCUAAUGGUUGGGAUGCGAAUGACAUGUUUCGAACCAAUGCUGAAAAGUAUGGAGUUAAAUCAAGUUAUGACAAUUCCCUACAAGAAUAUACUGUUCCACUAAACAAAAAGGAUACAGAGGAAUACAAACAAAAGGAAGCCAAAGCGAGCAAAAUUGCACAAGAAAUUGAGAGUAACAUGACUUACCAGGCAAGGUUGCUGAUGGAGAAUGGGGAUGAGGAAGAUAGGUUUAGUGCAGUAGUUAGGCCAGAGGAUGGGGCCUCAUCCAAGUAUGUGUUACCUCAAAAGAGAAGGAAUAUUCCAGGAUCUAAAAGGCAGAAUGUGCCCAUGUCACCUGUUCAUGCAGCCAAGCCUUAUCCACCUGCUCCUUCCAAACAGCAUGUGUCUGCUCACCUCCCAUCACCAUCUCCACCGGCACCUCCUCCUGUGCCAAAGGAGAUAACACCCCAGACAUCCUUAAAUGGAGAUGGUGCUGUAGCAGAGAGUGUAAAGACACCCUGUGCACCCUCAGUAUUAGAGAAUGUGCCUGCUCCUCCAAAACCUUACAUCCUUUCUUCUCAAACACUACCGCCAAGGAUAGAAAGAAGAAGGGAAAAUGAAAGGAAGCUAUCUAAAUUGAAAGGAAGAAAUGAUGAAAUUGAAGAAUUUAGAAAGUUUAGUUCCAAUUUUAAGCUUUCUGAAGAAAGCAAAGAUGCAAGUGAAGACUUUUCUAUUUCUGAAAGGAAAGAUGACUCGAGCAUUUUAGCCAACAAAUUAGCUGAACAGUGCAAAAUUGAAAAAGAUACAGAAGAAAAGACAACAGACAUAUCCAAGUCAACUCUGAAUCCCAAUGCAAAAGAAUUUGUUUUCAAUCCAAAUGCAAAAUCUUUCACACCUCGUACUAUGCCUGCUAGCAGCCCUCAAGCUCCUCGUCUUCAGGCCCAGAGCCCUGUUGUCAUGGUGCCCCAAGCACAGAUGAUUCCAGGUCCUCUCUUUACCACCAUGGGCCCUCAGUAUGUUAUGCAACAAUUUGCACCUCUCUCGCAACCCCCACGUUUCAGGAAAGCAUCUGGCAAUCAGCCUGUACUGGCCCAACCAGCUGCUUCAUCUCAAUUGAGCAUGCAGUAUGCUUCACCUCAGUUGCAUCCUUCGGCUCCACCCCAACAAACAAUGGCUUAUCCUCAAAUGAACUUUGUAAUGGGUCCUCGUGUUGUAUCUCCUCAGCCAGUGGGUGUGGUUCCCACAUCUCAUGCUGCCUCCUACUGUGACACCUCCCACCUGCCUACACACCUCAUUAACAAAUAUUGUAUUGCUGUGUCUGCCCACCCUGGAACAAGUGCUGCCAACCACUCUAUGCAGCAGCCACCAGUGACACCUCACCCUCCGCAAUCACAGACACCUGUGCUGCACCCCUCUCAGUCUCCUCAACCUCCAACUCUGUAUCCACCUAUGGCCCAACACCACACUAUGCAUCACUUCCCCACUCAACAAGUGGUACUAAUGCAACAGCAGCAGCAGCAACCCCAACUGCAGCAGGGACAUCAUCACCCACUCCAUCUAAUGCAUGGGCAAAAUCCAGGAGGCCCCCUUGCCACCCCUGCCCAUAUGAUGCCCCAAAUGACCAUCAUACCGACGAGUAAUCCAGCAUCCAUCUCCACACCGCCCUUUGUGCAGCAUCCUCAAGGUAGGUAGCAAUGCCAUCUGUAAGAAAGGGAGAUGUGUGAUGGUCAUUGCGAUACUUGAAUGAUGAUGGAGAUAACUGGACUUGUGUGAUAAUGAAGGUAGCAGUACAUGUGUGGUGGUGAUAGUAACUGGACAUGUUUGGUAAUGAUUAAUGGAUAUGUUUGAUGAUAAUAGGGAUAUAUGCUUGAUCAAAAAACUUGCUUUCUGAUGCAGUGGAAGUGUAUUUCUGGAGAUGAUCACAGUUGAUGCGUGAUAAGUGUUAGAACAUGUAUGAGGUGAAUACAAGAUGUAUGACUGUUUUAUUGGAUGGUCGUGGAUAUGGUCCCUUUAACAAGAUGAACUUUUAUGCAAACUUCUUUAAAAAAAUCUCUUGUCAAAAUGUGAAACUUUUUAAGUGGGUACAAUAUGAAAGAAAAAUAUUUGAUGUGGAUUAAUACUGAAGCAUUUCUAUUUUAUCUUUGGCAUUUUUUGCUGUAUUCUAUCCAAUUUUUGUUAAAACUAAAUGCAAAAUGGGUAUUUGUGAUUUAGUUAUGAUACAAAUUGUUUUUAGAACCAAAACUGAAUAGAUUUCUUUUAUUUCCACACUAAAAAAUUAAACAUAUAAAAUUUAUUUAAAAUAUCACUGUGUUAAAUUUUAUUUAUAUUG